UUUCGCUUUUAAUACUCCAGUGACUAGCCGUGGGUUCAGACGUGUGCCAGUCGGUGCGAAUCUGCGGUUUUACUCUAGGCGCACUAUAUCGAGCAGUGAACGGUUCCCGCGUGCGGCUGGGUGUUAUCUAAAACUUCUUGUCCUGUUUGCGUAAUCAGUGAAACUUCACUUCUUCGUCGUCGGUUGAUAGACUGUGGUGCCUUUUACUAACGAGUGUGUGAUCGUGUUUAAUAUCCGGCGGUUGGUUCUUGUCGGUACAACAACCUAAACCGAAAAAUUUCGCAAGCUGCCUACUAAGAAUCUACAUGUUGGACAGAGCGGAUAGGAGACCACAUAAACUUGAAACCUUCGUGCGAGUGACAAAGCUUCGACUUCGUUAGGUUCGUUGUAGACCGAAAAAGCAGGCAGAAGUUUCUAGCAAGUGUUGAUUUAUACAUGCCUCCACCACCGCUGACGCUGCCAGUUAGUUUUGAAGUCGCAGCACCCGCAAACGACGAACAUUGCAAAAUCUCGUUACUGGUAGUGCAACCUCAGAGCUGAGUUGCCAGUAAGGUUAGAACGUGUUUGCAGGGAGCCAAGAUCAAUCUAGAAGAUUUCCAGUGCUGACUGGGGUCAGCAGCCGAAGUGCCAAACAAAAUCCGACUGAUCCGGCGCGAAAAAGCUCAGUGUUGAUCAUGAACGCGCCUUCGGUACGACGACAAACGUUGACCUCCUCGCGGUCGCUGCUGCUACUCGGAGUGACUCUGGUGCUGUUACCGGCGCUGCUAGGAUUUUCAGAGCCCGUCCAGGCCAAGGAAAUCAUCAUUCGGAAUAAGGAUUUCCCCCAGCUGAAGGCGAAACCUGAUUGGCUGCGAGUGUGCCGAAGAGACAACCCCAAUGACGAUAGCUGCUUCAAAAAGAUGUUCGAAGAAACGUUUCCUUCAAUCGCCAAAGGAAUACCAGAAAUCGGAGUACAACCGUUCGACCCGUUGCGGAUAGAAUCGGUACAGGUAUCGCGGGGCACCGGCGCACUGUCGCUCAGUGGUGGCUUCAAAAAGCUCAACGUUAAGGGCCCCUCGAAUACGACCGUUCGGCGUGCCAGUCUAGAUUUCAACGCACACACGCUUAGCUUCGACCUGGAGAUUCCUAAGCUGAAAAUCGAUGCCGUGUACAAUCUUAAGGGAAACGUCCUGCUGCUGCCGCUGGUGGGCGACGGUGACAUAACGAUGGUACUGAAAGACGUGAAAACAUCCGUAACCACCAAGUUCAGCGUGCGUCCCUUGCCCGAGGACGCCAUCUUUAUCGAGGAGAUGAAAGUCACAUUUCUGGUCGGCGGAAUUCGCAUGCAUUUGGACAACCUCUUCCAAGGCAACCAGGUCCUGGGUGCAUCGCUGAACCUUUUCUUGAACCAAAACGCUAACGAGGUUGUCGCGGAACUGCGCUCGGAUCUCGAGUCGGGCCUGGCGGAUAUCUUCACCGGACUGUGGAACGAGCUGUUCAACAAGCUACCCUUGAAGCUGUGGAUUUCGUGACGCGCUUGCAUUUCGCACUGAAUGGCUUGUUGCCGAGUGAUUGAUUGCGUAAUUUGCAAACAUGGAUGUACAAUCCCUGUAAAUAUUGACUGUGGUAAAUCGCGUAUCCUAAGUGAAGCGUUCUGUAAUACAAAUUAUUUAAAUAAGUAUUAUGUGUAAAUUAAAAUUCAAUGUAAAA